CGUAACUAAUUUCACAAAUCCCUAAACUCUUCUUUACCUCCAAAUCCGCAAUGGCCUCCGUCUGCAUAUCGAACUGCAUCAACGACGCUCGAGUCCCCGUCCGUCCGACCUACAUAAACCUCUACAAGUGGCCGGAAUCCGACGCCGAGUUCAUCCGAUCCGUCAGUUCCAAACUGAAUCGAACAUCGCGCGUCGUCGACAGCAUCUCUUGCCGGCAGAUGUAUCUCAGAAGUUACACGUUCUCCAGAGAAGAGGAUAACGUGGCGGAGAAGACGAACAAGUGCUUCGGCAAAGUCGGAAUGCGACAGAAAGUUUCUCGCCGGAGAAAUAAGAAGAAGAAGAAGAAGGCCAUGGCGGAGGAGGAGGACGAGUCUGAGAAGAUCAGGAAGUGUUCGACGCUGAAGAAGGCGAAGGAGUUAUCGUGCGCCGCUUUGACGUCCGUCUUCCGGCGGUUGCUAUCGUGUACCGCUAAAGUCGACGUGGCCGAUAAUGCCAGAGAGAUCCAUUAGCGAUUAGUAUUUUAAUUUCUUUAUUUUUCUCUUUUUUUCUUUUCUUCUUUUUGGUUCCCAUUGGUCUAAAUGGCAUCCGAUUCAGCAAAGAAGGAAUGUUGUUGGUGUACGGAAAAUAUGUAAAUUGGAUUUUAAUCUUUUUUUAGAGAGAUAAUAUUUUUUA